AUGCCAAGAUCAAAACGACAUGACUAGACAAAAACUACAGAAGAUUUUCAAACCAAAUCUGUAAAAAAUUAACUGAUUAAAAAAGAAUGAAACAAAAGACAACGAAUUCUUUCCUGGGCGUAGUCAUCAGAAUCUAAAAUCGAUGAUUACUAACAUGAAACAAAGAGCUUGCUGGGAGUAUAAAAGCCGCACAGUUUCAUCGAAUCGAUACUCACAAUUCAUUAGCAAACGUUCGUAUACCGUGUUAUCGAACGCGAAGAAAAUGAGAUUUUCUUUUGGCCUGUUAUUGGUGUUCAUCACUCUAUCGUCAGCCGUAACCCAAGUUAUUCGCCAGCAGUUUGGAUCGGGCAGAACCAACACCCUCACCACCUUUGUCACUUCCACAGCUUCCACAGCCUCAACGACAGUUGUGACGACGAGGUCGGUCUGCGCAUCUCUAAUUGCACCGGUGGCUACAACUCCAUGUCGUCGCAAGAGACAGUUCUGGAACGCUCCCCUUUUCUUCGCACUCGGCCAUCAGGAUGACGCUUUUCAGUUUAACCCUGUGAAUCCCAGCCAAGUGCUCAGAGUUGAACCAUCUGUCCUUCCCGAAUAUCGAUACCGUCCGUCUUCGUUUGUUCGUCCGUUUGCUGUCCAGGAGCCAUUAAAUUCACCGUUGGGUCUUCAACCAUCGUUCGACAGGAUGCCACCGGUUAGUUUCCGCGUUGCUGAUCCGUUCUUUGGUGCUGUCAAAUUUUCCGCAUUAUCUGCUAUCUACGCAAAGAUUUUGAACAGCAUAUCGACUCCAGCUACUACGGUCACUAGGACAACAACCGUGUUCCCUACAACGAUAACAAAUACUUUGUUUACGGAAAUCGUUACCCUGACGCUAAAUCAAGCAGCUUGCGUUCCAGCAGGAUUGACUAUAUGCCCGGCACCACCGACCACGACUUCCACCCCUGCAACCACCACCACUCCUUCAACCACCACCACUCCUUCAACCACCACCACUCCUUCAGCCACCACCACUCCUUCAGCCACCACCACCCCUUCAGCCACCACCACUCCUUCAACCACCACCACUCCUUCAGCCACCACCACUCCUUCAGCCACCACCACUCCUUCAGCCACCACCACUCCUUCAGCCACCACCACUCCUUCAGCCACCACCACUCCUUCAGCCACCACCACUCCUUCAGCCACCACCACUCCUUCAGCCACCACCACUCCUCUCCACUCCACUCCACCAGACACUACCAUACCUGCAGACACUACCAUUCCUUUACUCUCUAUCUUUUGAUAAAAAGGUCAAGUA